CAGGAGGACGUCCUGGCAGUAGAGGAGGACGGGGCUCACCCUCAGCGGCCACUUCGUUGACGGGCAACUGCGAUAUGGAGUGAAAUAGUUUCCCAGCUUGUUGGGUUUGCAUUUUUAAGGAAGUUGUCAUGUCCUCAGACUUUUAGCGGGAUAAAUUAAAUAAUGCAUAUUGUCAUACACAAGUGUCCCGGACCAAGCCCCAACCUAAAAUAUGACCUCGCAUCAAGAGAUCUGGAACUGCUGUGCUCGAUAGAGCAUCUGGCGUUUCUUAUGAAAAUAGUUGUUGCCUAAAUGAAGAAAUCUAAUGUAUCAGGAAAUGGCAUUACUGGCAGGGAAAGCAGAGGCUGACUUCACCUCCUUCAGAUUUAAGAACGUGGAGAACUUAUGUGAAGUGCGGACCAGAAAAGGAGUGUUCUACAAAACAGCUAAGCUCCUUCGGCCUGGAGAGGAGAGAUGUUAUAGAGGCCAAGUUGAAGAAAGAAUAAGACAUGUCAUCAUCAAUGUAGGGGGCAUAAAGUACCGAAUACCAUGGACCACUCUAGAAGACUGUCCACUUACACGGCUGGGAAAACUUAAAGCUUGUAACAAUUAUGAUGAGAUCAUGGAUGUUUGUGAUGAUUAUGAUAUCAAUUGCAAUGAGUUCUUCUUUGAUCGCAACCCGUGUGCCUUUAGGACUAUUAUGACUUUCUUGGCAGCUGGAAAGCUAAGGAUACUGAGAGAGAUGUGUGCCCUUUCUUUCCAGGAAGAACUUAUUUACUGGGGGAUAGAGGAAGAACAAUUGGAGUGGUGCUGUCUUAGAAAGCUGCAGCAGAAGGAGGAGGAAUUAGCUGAGGCUAAGAUGUAUGAAGGGGAAUAUGGCACCUCCAAGGAGAAUUCGCAAAGUGCCUUGCAGGACAGCGGGCGUAUGGCCCAGUGCAUGAAGAAUCUCAGGGACAUGGUGGAAAACCCUCACUCAGGGAUUCCUGGCAAGAUUUUUGCCUGUUUGUCAGUUUCUUUUGUGGCAAUCACAGCAGUAAGCCUCUGUAUUAGCACCAUGCCAGAUUUCAGAGAAGAGGAAGAUAGGGGAGAAUGUUCACAGAAGUGCUACAAUAUUUUUGUACUAGAGACCGUUUGCGUUGCUUGGUUUUCCCUUGAGUUCGUGCUCCGCUUUAUCCAGGCUGAGAGCAAGUGUGUAUUUUUAAGAACGCCACUGAACAUAAUUGACAUGAUGGCCAUCUUGCCUUACUACAUAACUCUGAUAGUGGAUUCAUUUUCUAGCGAAAAAACUGGAGGAACAGGAAACAAGUACUUGGAGAAGGUGGGCCUGGUUCUUCGUGUGCUUCGGGCUUUACGCAUUUUGUAUGUCAUGAGGUUAGCCAGACAUUCUCUUGGAUUACAGACGUUGGGCCUCACUGUAAGAAGGUGUACAAGAGAAUUUGGACUCCUCCUAUUGUUUCUGUGCGUUGCUAUGGCCUUGUUUUCUCCUCUUGUUUAUUUGGCAGAGAAUGAACUUGGUGCCAAACAAGAGUUUACCAGUAUCCCUGGGAGUUACUGGUGGGCAGUAAUCUCCAUGACAACUGUAGGCUAUGGUGACAUGGUUCCUCGAAGCAUCCCGGGACAGGUAGUGGCACUGAGCAGCAUACUUAGUGGAAUUUUACUUAUGGCAUUUCCCGUCACCUCCAUAUUUCACACAUUUUCCCGUUCUUAUAAUGAAUUGAAGGAACAGCAACAACGAGCAAGCAGACAGCUACACAGACUAGAGGAACGGGAGCAGUGCACUGAUGUGGAGUAGCUUAAUGCAGUUUAAUAUCUUAUGGUGGGGGGGGGGGGUGUGAACCAGUACCUGUGAAUGAACUGGAUUAGGACUUCAUAUAUACUUGGAGGUAAUAAGAAGACAACUGUGACCUGCAGAAUAAUUGAAAGACAAUUUAAUGGUUACAGGCUGUUCUUUUUUUGUCGCUGGAUUUUGUAGUGUUUAAACUUUGGCAAUGAACUCUGUUGUUAUACUAAUGAAACCAUUAUACUUAGCUACACUGCAUACCUGUGUAAAAAAAAAACUUUUUUUUUUUGCAACAAAUUAUAGAACUGGACACAGUUUGCUGUAAUCUCAUGUGUACUAUUACAUAAGAAAAUAUUGAAUUCAUUUAAUAUUUCA